GGUACGAAACGGCACUUCUCAUUUACUGUAUAAUAAAUUUAUUUGUUGUAGAAAGCGGAUUCUUUGUUCUAAGCAAAGAAAAAUAUGAUAGCAGGGCGCAAGAUUACAGAUGAAUCCAUUUAUGGAUUGAUUUAUGAACCCGAGGUUGUGCCGCAGAAACCAGCACGGUACAAAUCAAUGUACAGUUCAAAUGUAAAAGAGGAAAAAAAGCAGCACAAGUCUGAACAUGCUACUAUGGGACAGGCAAAGGUUCCGUUGCUCUCCCCUGAGAAAUUUCUCGCCAAACAUUCUAAGGAAUUCAAACUACCUGCAAAGAAGCAGUUUAACUACCCCGACCAGGACACCUGCAGACCUCUAGUACCGAUGAUAGACGACAAACCAGUCAUGGGUCUGAAAUCGAACAAGAACUUCAUAACGACGAAUGCCGUGGAGAACAUCACGUCGAUUCCGAAGAAAGCCGUGCCGAAAGUCGUGGACACGCGGGGAGGCGACACACAUCCACUCGAUGCUUCCGGCCUUGCCCCGAAAUACGUGAAAAAGAAGUUGUGA